AAAGUAAGUGGAGUCUCAAUUCAAAUAACAGAAACAAAGUUAGUGUUUUCAGAUUGAGGAUAUGGCUUCUUCCUUGGCUUUCUUCACUAUUUUCUCACUUCUCUUGGUGGGCAAUGCAAUAGGUGGAAGAAAAGAGCCUGGGGUAUACUGGAGGGAUGUUAUGAAGGAUGAGCCCAUGCCAAAAGCAAUCCAAGGCCUUCUCCCUGAAGAUCAAUCAUCUUCUCUCUUAAGCAAGAAACCCAACUGUCAGACAAUGCCAGGGGCAAGAAAUGGGGGUGAUAUUGUCAAGGGUUUUGAGCCUAAAAAAGAGAAGGUUUUCUGGGUUUAUGAUGAUGAGGAUGCUAAACUCACAAAAGAGAAAUCAUUUGUUAAGGACCUUGAGCCCAGGACUAAUGUCUCAGCCUACCAUGAUAAAGUUGCUACUAAAGAAGAGAAGGAGAAGCCAUUUGUGGGUGACUUUGAACCUAGGCCUAAUGUUUCUGCUUAUAAUGAAUAAGCGAAACAGAAACCAUGCAUAUUAUUCGUUAGGUAAGAAAUGGAGUGCUAUUGGUAAUGAUUAUAG